AUGUGUAAACAUCGAACAUGUUAACAUGGACCCGUUGACUUGGACCUACUUUUUGACAUAGACAUUUAAGACGUUUCUAGCCUAAGCCUACUGGAAUGACAUGCAAGGGAGUUAACGGAGACUCCAAGACAACUGCAAAAUGGAGAUGGUAAAAUUGCUUUUAAAAAUCCUGUUGGCAACAUUUGCAACGGUGGUGACAUGUAAUCGCCCGAAUAUUGUCAUAAUGCUGGCAGAUGAUCUUGGUAUCGGGGAUGUAGGGUGUUUUGGAAACGAUACCAUAAACACACCUCAUAUCGAUGGAAUUGCUAAGGAGGGAGUGAGGCUGACACAUCAUCUAACUGCAGCUUCAGUGUGCACACCGAGUAGGGCGGCUUUAUUGACAGGACGGUACCCGGUAAGGUCAGGUAUGGGUUCAAGUAAUCCUCUCAUCCGUAUGAACAUACAUGUAGCUGUACCAUCUGGCCUCCCUCCCAGUGAAGUUACCAUAGCAGAGAUGCUCAAGCAACAUGGUUACAAAACUGCAGUUAUCGGUAAAUGGCAUUUAGGACUGAACGAAAAAAGCUACGGGGACUUUAACAUGCAUCCAUUAAAGCAGGGCUUUGAUAGCUUCUAUGGUAGUCCCAUGACAAACCUGAAAGAUUUUGGAAAUGAUGGAGAUUCAGUUAUAUAUGCAAUGCACAAAAGAUGGAGGACUGUCCUGCUCUCAACUCUGGCAUUGGGGUUAUUGACUGCGUUCAUUGUACAUAGGAAACUGUCCGCACAUGUUGGAAUCUUUAUAGCUAUAAUCGUUAGCCUACCGUGUGGUUACUUUUACUUCACGUCAUCCAACAUGAAAAUGUUAAACAGUGUGUUAAUGAGAGACUUCGACGUUGUUGAGCAACCAAUACGUUUCCAGAACUUCACACAGAGACUAGUCAACGAGGCGCGUGAAUUUCUGGACGCCAGACGGAUGGACAAAGAACCGUUCUUGCUUUAUAUCCCAUGGCUUCAAGUCCACACGGUCUUACACACGUCUCCAGAGUUUAGGGGUCGUUCAAGACAUGGAAAAUACGGGGACAACGUUGAGGAGAUGGACUGGAGCGUGGGGGAGGUGGUUCGCUACCUUAAAGAGUUCAAAUUGAUUGAUAAUACAUUCGUGUACUUUACAUCUGAUAAUGGUGGCCAUAAACGGGAGUUCAGCAUAGAAGGGGAGAUGCACGGUGGAUAUAAUGGCAUAUACAGAGGAGGUAAGGGAGAUGGUGGGAUGGACGGUGGUAUCCGUGUCCCAACAGUUGCCAUGUGGAAAGGACACAUUCCCCCUGGGACCAUUAUCACUGCUCCUACCAGUGUCAUGGACGUAUUCUCCACUGUUGCUGCAAUUACUGGGGCUAAUGUACCGAAUGACAGGCUUAUAGAUAGUGUGGAUAUCCUACCAUUGAUGAAAAAGAAAACCUCCAAGCCACCACACAAGUUCAUGUACCAUUAUUGUGGAAACCAGCUCCAUGCAGUUAGGUACACACCUGGAAAUGGGGAUGAUGUGUGGAAGGUUCACUUUUAUACUCCCAACUAUGAACCAGGUACUGACACAUGUAAGUUCUUAUGUAUGGACUGCUCCAAGUCAAUACCACAUGACCCACCCCUGCUCUACAACAUCGAGAAGGACCCCAAAGAAUCAAAAGAAAUAGACAUCAACAGUAAUACAAUGUAUAAAGACAUAAUAGCCAAAGUUAACAUAGCUGUGGCACAGCAUAAGGGGUCUGUCACCCCUGUUGUGAACCAGUAUAGAUUUGAUAAGAUUUUCUGGAGGCCUUGGUUGCAGCCAUGCUGUAAUUUCCCACAUUGCAAUUGUAUUGACCCAAAAUAUGCUACCAUAACAGGUCAAAUGGAAGCUAAAUAUUUGUAGCGAAAUUUUCAAAUGUUUGGCUGAAGUAAUUCAAUCAUAUCGGUGUAGCCUUUUUUAUACCAUUUGUCCAAGAAUUAGUGUGUAAGGGUUUAUAUUUUUUAUAAUCUAAAGUUUGCCAUGUACACUAAAACGAAUAUUAUUUCUAUCAUUAUAACAAUAAUAUAGUUUAAAACAGAUGAGGUAUUAAUCAUGUUAAUUGAUAAACUGCAUUCUGUUUUAGACCUAAGCUGUAUAAGAAUUCAUCAUCAUCUGAGAGUAAAACGUAACAGCACACAUCCAGCAAGAAAAAAUUAAGUAUUCAUGUUAUUUUUGUGGCCUACACAUCAGAUCGAUUAAACAGAUAUUAAUGUUUUGCCUAUGCCAAAUAAAUAAAUAGUACCAUGGGUACUG